CAUUGAGGGUAAUUAAUAGAGACAAAAGUAGAAAAGACAACACGUGUCGAUAUACAAAGGAGGAGAAGUGGAGAGAAGUGACCACCAGACAAUUGUAUCUAUCUCUACCUACUACUAAGUAAGGCAAAGCCUAAUCCAAACCACCGAUUCAAAACCCUAAAAGACGGUGGAACAAUGGCUGAAGCUCAAGACCGUUCUCAUGGCUCUGAUUCAUCAUCUCCGACCCUAAAGUUUCCUCCUUUCGUCACCAACUUGUUCCCUUUUCUCAAACCUAAGCCUGCUGCUACUGAUGCCAGUGGUGGUUCUAAACCCACGGCAGUCUUCGGCGACAAGGAGCCUCAGAAGUCGUCGACUUACGACGCUGUCUCUUUCCCUUACAAUCCACCCAAAAGCGCAGAGCCGAUUAAGUUUGAAGCUGAGCCCAGCUCCGGCAGGACUUCCAACUCCGUCAUCCUUUGGCAGGUAUAUGCACUUGGAGGGUUUCUUGUCCUGAAAUGGGCCUGGGCGAGAUGGAAUGAGAGGAACGAGAGAAGUGGCAAGAAGGACGACACCACGGGUAAUGAUGAUCAACCUUCUCCUAAAGAAGAUGGUGACGAUCAAUCUUCUGAUGGGGAUGAAAACUAGUCAUAUUGCGUGAACACGAUGAAAUGUUGCCCAUGUUGGUUCUGUAUAGCAAAAUACACCGAAAACUUUAAGGGUGAAGAUUUCGUAUUUUCCAUUGUAUGUACUCGAGUCUUGAGUUUCAUCUCUUUCUGUAAGGAAUAUAAUUCUCUUACGCUCAAAAAAAGAAAAGAAAAAAAAAAGCUCCCUUUUCUUUUUUGCUU